GAGGGGGUGGGGGUUGGGUAGAAGGGCGGUGGAAUCGCAUUCCAGGGCCUCUUUGGAAGGCAGUCCGCGCGCAAUUAGACCGUUUUGCACCUCAGUAGUCAGUGCGUCAGUCGAUCCGAGUGUGAAUUGCGGCUGCAAAUUCUCCCCAUGGCCACCAGCGAGCUUGCCUGCACGUACGCGUGCCUCAUCCUCCACGACGAUGGAAUUGCCAUCACGGGCGACAAAAUUGCCACACUCGUGAAGGCUGCCAACAUCACCGUUGAGUCGUAUUGGCCCGGCCUUUUCGCGAAGCUUCUGGAGAAAAGAAGUGUUGAGGACCUCAUCACCAAUGUUGGCUCAGGUGGAGGAGGCGCCGUGAGCGUCUCUGCACCUGCAGCGGCAGCAGCCUCUGGUGGCGCUGCUGCAGCAGAAGUGAAGGAAGAGAAGAAGGAGGAGCCUCAGGAAGCGAGUGAUGACGACAUGGGCUUCUCUUUGUUCGACUAGGGAUAUUCUUAUUCAUUCUUUACACAGAUAAGAAGUGUCUGAAAUACACGCGAAGUCGAUUAUGAUUUCCAGAGUCAAUGUAGCUCAAUGAAGGCUUAGGACCACUUUGAAAAGUGCCAAAUUUUGUCCUCGGGUUCGUUUCAAAAGAAUGGGGAAGAAAUUGUGUUCUUCAGUAUUGAAAUCUAUUUGACUUCAAAUACGAGAUGUACAUUUUACACGCAAAAUUUUACAUCAAUGUAUCAUUUUGCUUGAGCAAUCCCAAAAGUUUUCUCAUCUCAUGGCUAAG